AUGACGGGCAGGUGCACCCUCCAAAUCGCUCUCUUGGUGUGUUUCUCCACCACAGCUCUUGCCAUGAGCUACAAGCUGCUCAGAUUCCAGCUAAGAAGCAGCAGUUUGGAGUGUCAGGGGCUCCUGCUGAAGUUGAAUGGAACCUCUAAAAAUUGCCUCAAGGACAGGAUGAACUUCGAGGCCCCUGAAGAGAUUACAAAAUCACAGCAGUUCCCGAAGGAGGAAGCCAUAUUGGUCAUCCAUGAGAUGUUCCAGAAGACCUUUGAUAUUUUCAGUAGAAGUAUGUCCAGCACGGGAUGGAAUGAGACCACUGUUGAGAACCUCCUUGUGGCGCUCCACUGGCAGAAGGAACGUCUGGAAACGAUCCUGGAGGAAAUCCUGGAGGAGGAAAACUUCACCUGGGACAAUAAGCCCCUUCUGCACCUGAAGAAAUACUACUUAAGGAUCGUGCGGUACCUGAAGGCCAAGGAGUACAGCGUCUGUGCCUGGACAGUAGUCCAAGCAGAAAUCCUCAGGAACUUUUUCUUCCUUGAUAGACUUAUCAAUCAUCUCCAAAACUGA